UACACCCCCAUGUGCGCUUCCACAUAAUUGACAUGGCGGAAUUCCACACUGCUCCUCUCUGGUCCACCGUGGAUUUCGCAGCAACGGAAUGACACGCUUUCUAUUUCGGGACUAAAGUGUUACCACGCAAGAUUUACUAAAUCUGAGGCUGUCGCCGGGAGGGCUCCAUGAAUGUUCGUCACCAUGAUGAUGACGGACCAAAUGCUGGACCUCCCGCCUCCAUUGAGCAACGAGCUUCCCAUGAUGCACCACAUGAUCAAUGGCGAUGCAUCACAGCAGAUGAUCUUGGUCCAGGUGAACCCAGGUGAGACGUUCACCAUCCGCAUGGAGGACGGGGCUUUGCAGUGCAUCCAAGGGCCUGCUGAGGUUCCCAUGAUGUCACCAAACGGCUCCAUUCCACCAAUCCACGUUCCUCCUGGCUACGUCUCUCAGGUUCUGGAGGACAACACCGGCGUGCGGAGGGUUGUCGUCACACCUCAUUCUGAAUGUUAUCCUCCCAGUUACUCUCCAGCUUUAUCCCCCAGUCACCACAUUCAUCCUCCAUACCUGACGCACCCUCACUUUAUCCCGGCCUCACACACGUCAUACUAUCCUCCGGUCAGCCCCGGUGACGUGCCACACCAGUUUUACCAACAUCGGCUUCCACCCAUAUACCCAGAAGAGAUCAUCCCGCUAUACAACGUCUCCACUUUCAUGGGACAUGAGGAGUACUGCAAACCUCCACCCAAGAAGCUGAAGCAGCCUGUGGAGCGCACGCCUCUCAGUCAGAUGAACAUCCCAGUGUCCAACAGCUACAAAAACAGCACAACAACCACCGCUAAUGGCUACGGCAAGAGUCACGGCAGCCCUGGAGGAGGAGGAGGAGUAGGAGGAAGCCCAGGCAACAAGAGGCCAGAGAGAAGAGCCAGAGGAAGCCCCAAACACACAGACACCGAAACACAAGAUCACGAUGUGGAAGCGAGACGAGUUCAGGCUGUGCCAUCAGGAAUGGACAAGCCUCAGGUGUCUAAUUUGCAGUCCCAUUCUGCGCUUGUGUCAUGGUCUUCAAUUUCCGUAUCGGGGUCUCCUGGACGAGUCCCAUCCUGUAGUUACGAGCUCCAGCUCAAGGACAAAAGUCGUGAUGGGAAAUAUAAAGUUGUCUACAGUGGCGAGGAGCUCCAGCACACUCUCACUGACCUCAGACCAGCCACAGACUAUCACGUCCGAGUAAGCACAGUUUGUAACUCAGUAAAGGGUCCCAGUUCGGAUGUGAGGGCCUUCACUACCCAAUGUGCCCCUCCUGAUAUCCCUCUUCCUCCCAGACUGUCCCAUCGCAGCAAGAGCUCCCUCACACUACAGUGGAAGCCUCCAGCAGACAAUGGCUCAAAAAUCAACAAUUACAUUGUGGAAUGGGAUGAGGGGAAAAAGAACAGCAUUUUCCGUGAAUAUUGUGUCGUACCCCAGAGACACUGCAAAGUAUUGAGGCUGUGCCCUGGUGUCGGGUACACUUUUCGAGUUGCAGCGCUUAAUGACAUUGGCACCAGUGGAUUCAGUACAGAAGUCGUAUUUUACACCACAGGGAGCCUCCAGCAGACGUCUUUACCUCCACGGCUAGUUCUGGCUGGAUCAUCCUGGGUUACACUAGAGUGGACGCGACCAAACAGCUGCAGCGCUGAGGAAAUGAUCACGUACACCCUGGAGAUGCAGGAUGAGACCAAGGGACUGGACUUUCAAGCAGUUUACAGCGGUUUGGAGCUGAACCAUAAGGUGGAGUCCUUGAGAAGGAACACACAGUACAAAUUCAGGCUCAUCACAUGUAGUGGCGAGUGGCGUAGCGCACCGAGUUCUCUGCUUGUGUGUAAGACGACCGCAGAGAGACCCGGACCCCCUGUGAAUCCUGCAGUUAACACACUAACAUAUCACAGCUUCUGCGUGACGUGGGAACCUCCAGAAGAUGAUGGUGGCUCUGGAGACUUGACGUACAUCCUGGAGAUUUCAGAAAGUAAUAAUAAUGAAGAGAGACAGUGGGAGGCUGUCUAUAGAGGACCAGAGAGGAAACAUUCGUGUGAGGAUCUUAAAUCAGCAACGAGCUUCUCCCUGAGACUGAGCUGUGUCAGUGCAGCCGGACAAAGCCAGUGGUCAGGUGAGGUGACGGUGCGCACUCUCAUCCCGCCUCCUGGACGAUGCCAACCACCGAGCAUUAUGGGAAAUGUCAAACACAAGGAGCUGACUUUGCAAUGGGAUGCUUCUUUGUGUGACGAAGAGACUGACGGGGUUGAGUUUUGUUUAGAGAUGUGUGCAAUAGAGGAGGAUUCAGAGCCAGUGGAGGUGUUUCGUGGAUCUAAAACGGAGUGCACUGUGGGUAAUUUGCUCCCUGGCACCACCUACAGGUUUCAAGUUCGUGCAGUCAACAGUGCGGGGUAUGGCCCGUUCUCUGAAUCUGUGGACAUCAGCACAGCCGCUGGACCUCCAGAGCAAUGUAAUCCUCCUGUCAUCAAUGCGACUUCACACACCUGCGCUCAUGUGACCUGGGAGAACACAGAGAGCUCUGGGAUAGAUGUUUCUGGGUAUCGGCUAUACUGGGGCCGGGAUUUGGAUUCGCUUGAACUGGUCUACAGUGGAGAUGAAACCUACUUCCAGAUCUCCAACCUGGAGGCUUCGACAGAGUACUGCUGCAGGAUACAGGCAGUUAACCAGGCUGGGGCGGGCCCCUACAGUGAUCUGGUGACAUGUCGAACCCCUGCCGCAGCCCCUGAUCUCAUAUCCGGAUUUCACCAACUCAACCUCCCUCUGAACCCAGCAGAAAGUGAAUCCUUCUCCCUCUCCACCUGUCUGGCCCUCACCUGGGACGAGCCGAACUGUAAUGGUGCCCAAAUCAUCUCCUACAACAUCCAGAUCGGGGACCGAAUCAUUUCCACUGAAAACACAAACCAGCACAUUAUCAGAGACCUGCUGCCGGACAGCGAGUACAGUCUAAAGAUUUGGGCAGAAAAUGAAAUGGGCGCCGGACCCUUAAGUGAGACCCUUAGAGUGAGGACCAGACCCCUGCCACCAUCUCCCCCGCGGCUGGAGUGUGCAGCUGUCGGACCUCAGAGUCUAAAACUGCGCUGGGCUUUCAGCAGCCGGAGUCAAUUUACAGACGACACCAACUACAUCCUGCAGAUGGAGGAUCGCAAUCAGAGGUUUGUGGUGGUUUAUCGAGGUCCGAGCCACACUUUUAAGUUGCAGAGACUGAAUGAAUCCAGCAGGUACCGUUUCCGGAUCCAGGCGGUGAGCGAAGCUGGCGAAGGGCCUUUUUCUGAGACCUACACCUUCAGCACAACCAAAUCUCUGCCACCAACGCUGAAAGCUCCAAGAGUUGUCCAGCUGGAGGGAAACACUUGUGAGGUCACAUGGGAGAGUAUCCCACCAAUGAGAGGAGACCGGGUCAGCUAUGUGCUGCAAGUGUUGGGUGGAAGAGAAUCUGAAUAUAAACAGGUGUAUAAGGGAGAAGAUGCGUCCUUCCAGCUCCUGGGCCUGCAGUGGAACACAGACUACCGCGUGCGAGUCUUUGCAUGCAGGCGCUGCUCAGACAGCCUCCAGGAACUGUGCGGGUCCUUCAGCCCCUCGGCCCUCUUCAGCCUGCGGCGGACGGACACCACACUGGCUGUGGAAGCGGACGUCAACAAAUCGACCAUCAGCAGAUCGCUCUCUGACGAACAGUUUGCCGGCCUCAUAGUAUUCGGGGUGGCUUCUCUCUCUGUCCUCAUAGCCUUCCUGCUUCAGCUUCUCAUUUAGCGGCGAGGAACAGCACAUUCCUGUCUGUCUCGACAACUUACAAAACCAAUUAAAGGGUUUGAAAUGAACAUUCUGUCAUCAUUUACUCACCCUCAUGUUGUUUCUGAGAGAUUGCUGUCCCUCCUUUGAAAUCUGUUCACUCUAAAUUAACAAUCUAUUCGUUUUGUGAAGAGAUACUGUCGCUAUAUAUGAUGAACAGAUUUAAUUUAGGCUUCUUUUUUUUAAUGGUUACACAUUGGUCAGCGAAUUAAAGCAGAAGCUUAGUCUUGAUCUGUCGGAACAAUUCUUAUUGGCUCUUGUGAAAACAUUCUGCAUCUAGAAUGAAUUACACUGCCUUUCACUCUUUAAGCAAGCAUGUUUGAGCUUCCACGAUUCCACCAGAUUGUGUUUAAAUGCUGAAGUGUUUUAUAUCAUAUUAUAUAUUCGUAUCGUAACAUUAAAAGCCAUAUAUGCUGAAGAGUUUCACCAUUAUACCGGUGGUCUUAUCGUUGUAUAUUAUAAACACUUAUUUAUAAUUUUUAUCGUAAUUUGCCUUAUAAUUGAAUGAACCAUUGGCCAAUAAUGUUUGGAUUAUUUCUGCCGGUUGAUUAACUUCAGAAAGCCAACAGAAUUAUGAAUAGCUGAAGGGAUAGUUCACCCAAAAAUAGAAUUUUAUUUCCUAAUAUUUGAGUUUUCUGUCUGUUAAAAACAAAAGAUAUUUUGACUUAACCAGAUUGAUUUGUUGGAAAAUAAUUGCUAUGGACUUCAAUAGUUACACGUUUCCAGUUUUCUCCAAAAUAUAAAGAGUUCAGAUGCAAAAAACGUGCCAUCUGAAAUUUUCCUUUAAAAUGAGCUUUUUUUCCCACAAGCUUCUGUAUGAAUGUUUGGUAAAUUCACAUUUAUGGCAAGCAAAUAGCUUCUUUGCAUUGUAUUCAAAGUGAAAUAACUGAACAAAAACAUUGGAGGCUGAGAAAAAUGCUCAUUUUAAGGCUGAUUUAUACUUGAUGUUGAGUGAUCGGCGUGACCUACACCGUCUGCCUUUUGGACGUAGUUGCGCAUUUAGACCUCUGGACACUGUUUGUGUUGCUCUGCAAUAAUACGUUACGCUAGCUGGCGGUAGAUUUUAAUGCUUCUCUGUCUAGUUUCUUCGUGGGUGUUUUGUUUUUUCUGAAUGCUACAAGUAGCGGGAACUGGCAGACGUGCAACAAUUUUUAUCAUAAGAUAAACACAAAACAAAAGUUUUCAUCUGGAGCUCUUUCACGAGACCUGAAACUUCAUCACCUUAGAAUUAUAAGGUUCUGUCUGCGUUAUGAAUUAUUUUGAGAUUUUGAGCUUUAAAGUUUUUGCUUUCUACAGCAAACAGUAUUUGUCUAACAUUUGUUUAGUUUUUUUAAAGUCUUAAAAUUGUAAACAACUUAUAAAAAAAUCCCAUCAUGUAAAUAAGUUGUCAUUUAAUAAAAAUAUGUCGAUUACUCAAUUUUUACAAACAUGUCAGAUAGAACCUUAUAAUUCUAAGGUGACGACUUGUAAACAUUUGCCCUAUUGGGUUCGCGGGUCUCAGCACCGCCCACACUCGUCACAGCUACCAAGCUGACCAAUCACAGAGCUUGCGCUAUGCGUCGUUGUGACGUGUAGUAACAUUUUUUGAGAGGUGCGCAUCAGCGUCGGUGUCAACCGUGGCGAGGGCUAUACAAACCAUAGAUGUGCGCCUGAUGCAGAAGUAUAAAACAGCUUUUAACAGAAAAGACACUUAGAGGCUUUUACAUCUGAACUCUUCAAAUCUUCUUUAGUUUUUUUAACGGGAGAAAAGCUUAUAAAGGUGCUGGAUGUUGUAAAUGAUUUUUGGGUGAACUAUCCUUUUAAUUAUUUGGGGAAAAUAAAGAUCUGGAUGUUUCCAGUUGUUAAUGUUUUACAGAAAGAUCAAUCACAUAUCAAUAUUUAUAUUUUGAGCAUAUAUUUCGGUUACUGACCAUCAAAUCUAAAGGGUUAUCGGUUAUCAUAAUGGGAAAAUUCAGGAUGUAAUCAGACGCAGUAAAAAUAUCAUCAAGAUUUAAGUUUAUGGCCCAGGAUAUCAUUUAUUGACAUCCAAAUAUCUGUGAGGAGUCAGGCUCCACAAAAUACAUGAGAUUUAUCAAGAUUUAUAUUGAUCAGAAAAUAUAUUCAUCAUUUAUGACUUGGAAACAUAAGGAGCUUAGGCUAAAAUUUCCAUCCAUUCCAAUUAGGUGAAUAAAAGGCUAAUUUAAAUCUGUUCAUCUUUAAAAGUGAUCACUUCAGCUUGACUAUGAAUAAUUAAUGAACAUUUUAAACUAUCAGACUUUCAAUCGAGGGAAAAAUGGCUUAUAAGCAUCAUAUACUGUAUGUUUCAUUGCCGAAAGACAUGAGGUUGUGUAAAUAAAUACAAAAACCAGUUUCAUUUUGAGGUGAACUAACCCUUAAAUACAAGUACUGUCAUUUUUAUUUUAUUUUACCUUUAUUUUUUUGGGUCAUUGAUCAAAAAUGGCGCUUCUACCGUUCACCCGAGCUAUCGAGUCUUAGAUGAAUUUCAGUAGAGCUUUUUAAUGGUCAGUUUUGAAGUCAUUUUAGAUCUUUAAAUCGUCGUCUAGACCGCUAAACGCCAUCAAUGUUCUGUUUCCCUCAUCUGUGCCUCUCCAAAAUCUGUCUGAAAGCUUCUUAAAAGCUUCUUUCAUUUCUCCUAAAAUAGGUGUCCUUGGAGUGUCUGUACAACAAGAAGUCAAAAAGCAACUGUCAGUCCAAAGAGCGUCACAUGACAGUCGUCUCCAUGGUCCAGAGUUGUGAAGUCUGGAGAGUUUUGUACCUCAGGGUCUUUAGAGGUAAAUCUGUGCCUUUAAAUCCACAAAUCCAAACGUUCACCACAAAUAUCAUUUCAGAUCUGCUGCUUCCAGUGUUGAGUUAACCCUUUACGCCACGUUAUACCGUACACGAUCGUGUUUACUAGCUCGAUCAGCCCUUAACCAAAGUUAGCGAGCGGAUAUGCAGUAACAGUCUGGUUAGGUUUAUUUAUGCUAUAUUCUCCUACUUUAUAAUGCAAAUCACAGUGCAAUCUUCAUUUAUUUAUUACAAGAAUCUUCAGAGCUGUCAUAUUCAAUAUUGUUUUCCUCAUGUAGCAUGUCUUUUUUUUUUAUAAAGGGAGGGAGGGGUUGUGACAAAAUCGCUAUUAUUUUUACAAGUAUAACACCGCAUUUUAACAGCAUUAACCUGUCUUGUUUCAGAUAUAUUUGUAUUGAUUGUAUUGUUUGUUUUUUUUAAUUGUGAUCAACCUUGUGAUUUCACCUGCACAAACAGCAAGGUCUUGGCCUUUUUUUAAAAACAUUUUUACUUCUUUUAAUCUUUAUCUACACUUCAUCUAGUAUACAUGUGUAUUGCUGAACUUUUUAGAUAAACAUUCCAUGAUUAAAAGAAGUUGAAAUGACUUGACACUAGAAAACUUGAAGUGGAAACACUUGAAGAGCUUUUUUAUUUUAUUUUAUUUUAUCUUUUUUUUUUUUAACUCAAAACCCGGCAAUUUUUAAAUGGAAAAACAGAUCUUUUUGCUGUAAUUCUAUCAGGUAUUACGUGGCCUAAACACGUUUUCCAUAUUUGCAUAAUGUCCAUGAAAAUCAUUCCAUAUUACCAUCUUUUUAAACAUAAUUGUCACAUUUAUUGAUGUAAAUUAUAAUCGUAGACAUUAUAUUUAAAAAACAAACAAACUACCAUAUCAAUUUAAAUGUAUAGAUAUUGAAAAUACUACCCUUUUGUAUUUAAGAUGAUUAUGUAUCUGUAGCAAAUAUGUAAUAUAUUUAUACGCAAUAAAUGUUUUUUAAAUUUCUGAAAUAA